AUGAUUAAUGACACAAUUGCAGAUAUGCUUACGCGUUUACGUAAUGCACAGCUUGCAAACAAAACUUCAGUUGCCUUACGUGCAACAAGAGUAACGCGAAAUAUUGCUCAAUUAUUAUUCCAAGAAGGUUUUCUUUCAAAUAUUGAACCGGAAACUAAUGGAAUGUUUGAAGUAACUUUAAAGCGCUCAGUAAAAACAUUUAAACGUGUUAGUACACCUGGGGUUCGUGUAUAUGUGAAUCACAAGGAACUUCCACGCGUUUUAAAUGGAAUGGGAAUUGCUAUUAUUUCAACAUCUCAAGGAAUUAUGACUGAGAAGAAAGCACGUGCCUUAGGUAUUGGUGGUGAAGUGCUUUGUUACCUUUGGUAA